GGCACGAUCCGAACCGACCCGGAACCGAGAAUUUGAAAUUACCCUAUCGGGUCCUAAACUUUUAGACCCGAAAGAUCCGGACCCGAAAGAACCCGAUCCGACGACCCGAAUUCCCAGGCCUAGCAGAUAACUCUGAUAUCCCGACGUGAACCGUCAUGGGAAAUGUGCUAAUACAUGACGUUGGAAACUUGCAAUAAACUCGGAUUAUAUGUUUCAAAAGCUUAUUGUUUAAAUGCGCGUAGUCACGUAAUCGUUUUGAAAUAGCAAGCAACUUGUUGAAAAUAGCAGUGCAUGCGGGUCCCACUUUCAACUUCUUCUUAUACGGUCCAGAUCGUAACUACGAUCCGCCACGAUGAUCCCGCGUAUUUCCACGUCAGACAAGGAAUACUUUUAUAUAUUUUGUUUAUGAUAUGGUUUAGGUCAAAACAGAUAGGUACGGUCGAUGCACGUUAUCUGGGUCCCGCAGAGGGUGCAGACCUAAUUUAGGUACAGUUGAGCAGGAAUCACCUGCUCCUGAUCCUACAAUAAAGCAAUCAAAACCGCUAAAAUGUCGCCACGUGUUUUAUUAACAACCGUAAACAACUCUCUGACUCGAAACACCAACACUUGUGUCCGUACUAAACCAAUGUCAGGGGGCGUUUUCGUCAUUUUAGUUAUCUUCUUCCUCGUUUUAUAUGACACACUCGAGGGAAACAAAUGAAGUAAAGAGAGAGAGAGGUUCGGUUUUGUGUGUUCCCACCGGAAAAAAAAAACCCGAAGGUUUGACGAUGAACCCGAAUCUAAUAACCCGUAACCCAAUUCGGAUCCUGGAUCAACCGGUUCACCACUCUCUCCUCUAUCUCCGAGCUGUCUUCCUCUUCAUCCCGACUUAAAAGAUCCGUACUUUUUUUUUUUUAACUUUCAGACCAAACUGAAAGUAAAAACAUACUUGUCUUUUUUUCCUUGUUCUGUCGCAAAAUGCCGCUGUCUCCAUCCAUUUUAUCGGUUUUGUCGGAAGAUCUUCUCGUUCGCGUCUACGGGUUCCUAGACCCGCCCUGUCGGAAAAAAUGGCGACUCGUCAGCAAAGAGUUUCACCGAGUCGACUCACUGAGCCGCACAUCGAUCCGAAUCCUCCGAGUCGAGUUCCUCCCCGCGCUUCUCUCCAACUACCCGAACCUCUCCUCCCUCGACCUCUCCGUCUGCCCCAAACUCGACGACGACGUCGUUCUGCGCCUAGCGUCCCACGGCGCCGUUUCGAUAAAGUCGCUGAACCUGAGCCGCGCCACCGCGCUCCGAGCCAGGGGACUGGAGACGCUGGCUCGCUUGUGCCGAGGCCUCGAGCGAGUCGACGUGUCUCACUGCUGGGGGUUCGGAGAUAGGGAAGCGGCGGCGCUUUCCGUCGCGGCGGGGCUGAGGGAGGUGAGGAUGGACAAGUGCUUGAGCCUAAGCGACGUCGGAUUGGCGAGGAUCGUCCUCGGAUGUAGUAAUCUGAGCAAGAUUAGUUUGAAGUGGUGUAUGGAGAUCUCUGAUCUUGGGAUCGAUCUUCUCUGUAAGAAAUGCAAAGACUUGAGAUCUCUCGACGUCUCCUAUCUUAAGAUCACGAAUGAUUCGAUCCGGUCCAUAGCUUUACUGCCAAAGCUCGAGGUUUUAGAGAUGGUGAACUGUCCGUUGGUAGAUGAUGAUGGGUUACAGUAUCUUGAGAAUGGUUGUCCUUCAUUACAGGAGAUUGAUGUCACAAGGUGUGAGCGUGUGAGUUUGUCUGGCGUUGUCUCCAUUGUCAGAGGCCAUCCUGAUCUUCAACACCUGAAAGCCAGUCACUGUGUAUCGGAAGUAUCUCUGAGCUUCUUACAUAACAUCAAAGCUUUGAAGCAUCUCAAGACACUAUGGAUCGAUGGAGCUCGUGUCUCUGACUCCUCUCUCUUAACCUUAAGCUCUAGCUGUAGAUCCUUAACAGAUAUCGGAGUGAGCAAAUGUGUGGGUGUGACGGAUAUUGGAGUGGUGGGACUUGCACGCAACUGCAUAAACCUGAAAACCCUAAACCUAGCGUGCUGCGGGUUUGUGACUGAUGCAGCCAUAUCUGCGGUAGCUCAGUCUUGCCGCAAUCUGGAGACUCUUAAGUUAGAGUCUUGUCAUAUGAUAACCGAGAAAGGUCUUCAAUCUCUCGGAUGUUACUCCAAGGAUCUUCAAGAACUCGAUCUUACCGACUGUUAUGGCGUCAAUGACAGAGGGCUAGAAUAUAUCUCAAAGUGUUCGAAUCUCCUAAGAUUGAAACUUGGCCUCUGCACAAAUAUCUCAGACAAAGGGAUGUUUCAUAUCGGUUCCAAAUGUUCCAAGCUUCUAGAACUUGAUCUAUACCGUUGUGGUGGUUUUGGAGAUGACGGUUUAGCAGCUAUAUCACGAGGUUGCAAGAGCUUGAACCGGCUCAUUAUAUCGUACUGCGGUGAGCUAACAGACGCAGGGGUUGAACAAACCCGUCAGCUAGAACAUCUAAGUCACCUUGAACUUCGAGGGCUAAAGAAUAUAACCGGUGCUGGUCUAGCUGCAGUUGCGUGCGGCUGCAAGAAAUUGGAUUACUUGGACCUCAAGAAGUGCGAGAACAUCGAUGACUCAGGCUUCUGGGCGCUUGCUUACUUCGCAAGAAACCUAAGACAGAUAAACUUGUGCUAUUGCUCGGUUUCUGAUACGGCUCUAUGCAUGUUAAUGAGCAAUCUGAGUCGGGUUCAAGACGUUGACUUAGUCAACCUGAACCGUGUGACUGUGGAAGGGUCUGAGUUUGCUCUAAGAGCCUGUUGCAAUAGGCUCAAGAAGCUUAAACUUUUCGCUCCUCUCAGAUUCUUGCUCUCAUCUGAAUUGCUUGAGAUGCUUCAUGCUCGUGGUUGCCGCAUUAGAUGGGACUGAAAGACACAACUUUCUUCAAUGGAACUUUACUAGUAACACUUUAAUGUGUUCGUAUGUCUACUUGUUGUAUCUAUCAAAAAUUCUACUAUGUUUUUAAAUUCGGUUUACCAAUUAUAUGUCUACCGCUUUGGUCUUAUC